AUGGCUACAUUGACAGUUCCAGGGGUGUUAUCUUCACCUCGUGAUGACGCCAUGCAUUUGUACAAGGCAUUUAAGGGUUGGGGAUGUGACACUAUAGCUAUCAUCGGUAUUCUUGCCCAUCGUGAUGCAUCACAGCGUGCUCUCAUUGAACAAGAAUAUAAAGUUAUGUACUCUGAAGACUUGACCAAACGUUUGUCUUCAGAGCUCACUGGCGAUAUUAAGAAAGCAUUGUUACUUUGGAUGCCUGAUCCAGCACGGAGGGAUGCAAUGAUACUACGAGAAGCACUUAGUAGCAACAUUGAUCUUAAAGCAGUUACAGAAGUUAUAUGUUCUCGGACUCCCUCGCAAUUAUAUCAGCUUAAGCAACUUUAUAUUGCACUUUUUGGAGUGUACCUUGAGCAUGAUAUUCAAUCUCAAACCUCUGGUGAUCAUAAAAAGGUACUUUUCAUUUUACUAAUUAUUUAA